AUCAAUGUCAUUGCCGUGGAUUUAAGAAAAAAAAACAUACCGCCAAAUGCAAUCCGCGUUGCGUUCCGGAGAGGGACCGUGUCCUCGUGAUACUAAAAGGCCUUUCAGCCAGAAAUGGACAUGGGCACACAGCGGUUACGUGCGAGCAAUGGGAGGAGUCUCCGGCCUGGUUGUGUUUUAAUUGGCUGUUAGCUCGCCCUGAGUUGUACGGUUAUCAGUAAUUAUAUUCAGCAUGUUUUGCACAAGAAAUGUCAUCCAGAAAGGGCUAUCUUCUUCGCCCGUCAAAUUACACCACGAAGAUGUCAUGCUCCGAUAGCCCAUCUGGACAUUCAUUCCUGGUGGACUCGCUGAUCAAUGGUAGGGCCGAGAGUAGUGCUCACUACUACCAAAGCAGUGGGGUGUACUUGCCCCCCAGCUCCGAAUAUUCCUAUGGACUGUCUAAUUGUGGCUAUUUUCCCGGACUCAAACGAAACGAGAGCCAAAACAUGGUCCCUACGUCCAGCCCGUACGUGCAGGGCAUGGAGUCCUGGCUGGAGACCUCAAGAUCGUGUCGCGUCGAGCAGCCCGGCCACCAAAUUGGCCCCAGGUCCUUCUCCCCGGCCAUAAAAGAGGAGAACUCAUACUGUUUGUACGAGUCGGAGAAAGCUCAAAAGGACACGGUAACGGAGGACAUCUCGUACUCGAGGCUCACGCCGAACUCGUGCACGGCUGGUAACGACGGCAGUGUCCCCGUGCCCGGCUACUUCCGACUGUCUCAGGCGUACUCAGCUGCUAAAGGUUAUCCCAGCGACGACCGGCCCGAUUCGGUCCAGUUCGCUGUGGCCCGGCUGGACGCUGCGAACGCGGCCAUCCCCGCGGAGGCGCGCGUAGUAGAGAGCCGAGAGCAGCCCGUCUGCACGCCGUGCGCCCCGGUAAUAGAGAAGGAGAGCCGGAGGUCGCCGAGCGGCCCCGCUUCAUCCCCAGAACCUCCGGAGAGCGGCGCGGACAGCCCGGAGAAAGCGAAUAAAGAAGAAUCCAAAAGUGAGAACACGGCAAACUGGUUGACUGCAAAGAGUGGUCGGAAGAAGCGCUGUCCCUACACCAAACACCAGACCCUGGAGCUGGAGAAAGAGUUCCUCUUCAACAUGUACCUGACUCGGGAGCGUCGUCUGGAGAUCAGCCGCAGCGUUCACUUAACGGACAGACAAGUGAAAAUCUGGUUUCAGAACCGCCGCAUGAAGCUAAAGAAAAUGACUCGGGAAAACCGCAUUCGAGAGCUGUCGGCGAACUUCAGCUUUUCGUGAAGGCCUCUUGGAGAUCUUUGGCGCCCUCCAACCACUUGAAGGGGUACCAAAUGCAAACCGUGCAUAUUUCACUUGUGCAGGAUACUAUUGAUAAGUUAUUGUGUCGUUGGAGAUUUUUAUCCGUCAGUGAAUCAACUUUUAUUUCACCUUACAUUUUUUUCUUCGUGGUAACAGGUCAUUAUUUAUAAAAUGCCGAUUGGACUUUUGCCGUAGUCAACGUCAAGCGUAAAAAAUGUUGACAAUUGUAAAUAAGCAGACGGUGGUAUAUAUUAACUGUACAUAUUUGCAAUAUUUGCAUGAUGUAAUAUUAAUUACAUUUACAAUCAGCAAUUAAAAAUGCGAAAGUGUUAUGUCCCUGUUAAAAAACAUUCGCUCAGGCUUUUUGUUUUGCUUUGGUGGUCGCGGUGGUGGUAAAAAAAGAGGGAAUUCUUAUAAAAGAAAAGAAAAGAAUAGAAAACAAAAAAAACUAGAUUUGUAUUUGUAGCCAGUUUACAAUUAUAAGCACGAGACGGGUCCCUCUCAUUUUAUGCUUUUAUAGCGUUGUAAUAUAAGUUAGACAGACAGUGCAGCAGAUGGAGCGCUGGAAUGAACUGUGAAUGAAUCAUUAAUUUAAGGAUAAAACAGAAUAUAUGCAUUUAAACUGCGGACUGGAUCAUUUACAACUAUAAACUGCGUGGAUCAUUUACAACUAUAUGUGCAUAUAUAUAUAUAUAUAUAUAUAUACACGCAGUUUAAAGACCACAAAGCCCCCCUGUCUUUUUUUUCGAGAAAUAGACUUCUCGGUCCACACAGACAGUAUGGGUGCAAUAUGCUGAUUUUCAAAUGAUCUAAUUUGCUUCCAAAGACCUGUUGCAAAUUUUGCAAAUCUUUAAAAA